UCUGACUUAUUUUUAUUGAAGCCUGGACGCAGAACUCUGUGCAAAGUUUCUUCCCCUGCUCGGCCCUAACCCCCAUUGAUGGUGGAAUAGCUGGUCGUGAAGUGCGAGAUCUUGGUCGUCAUACUUCUCGUCGCGGCCCUUGAUUCUUCCCUUCUCGUUCAAUGAUACACGCGGUGUCGAAUUGAUUACUGGUUAGAUAAGAGAUGCAGACCGCCCAAGCUUGGUUCACCGGAUACCCGAGCAGUAGCGAGCCGCAGAAAACCUCCUCCCCCCCCCCUUGCUGGAAUUCUUAUGCUGCGUCGAGAUCCGCGGAGGAUGGCGGAUCUUCUGCUCUCGGAUUCGAUAUCGAGGCCGCUGUUAGGACCGCCAACGAUAAGGUGUCCGGGACCUUCAACGUGGUUUCAAAAAGUGUAAGAGAAAUACCUGGAAGCUUCCAGACUGCUACAAGCAGUGUUCCUUCUGGGAAGGCUCUCAUGUACUUUGGACUGCUACUUGCUAGUGGAGUGUUUUUUAUCUUCCUUGCAUUCACCAUGUUCCUUCCAGUUAUGGUUAUAAUGCCUCAGAAAUUUGCAAUCUGUUUUACUGUUGGCUGUGGCUUCAUUAUUGGAUCUUUUUUUGCUCUUAAAGGUCCAAAGAAUCAACUGAUUCACAUGUUUUCAAAAGAGAGGCUUCCUUUCACAUUGGGUUUUAUAGCCAGCAUGGUGGGAACAAUUUAUGUGUCCAUGGUGCAGCACAACUACCUGCUUUCUGUUUUCUUUUCUGUGAUUCAGGUUCUGGCACUCGCAUAUUAUGCCAUAUCCUACUUCCCUGGAGGUUCUGCUGGCAUGAAAUUUCUGUCUGCGGCUCUCAUGUCAUCCAUUCUGAAGUGCUUUGGGAGAUGAUGCAGAAGCGUUUAAUAUGAAAAUUCUUGCAAAAUAAUACGUUAAUUCUCUGAUCCGAAUUUCUUCCUAAGUUCUUCAGCCUUAGUACCUCUCUUCCCAUUUUGUAAAAAUUUUUUGGAGCUAGUAAUUUCUUCCAGAUUACCUUAGAUUUUCCUGCAUUAAGAAAAAAUGACCGCAGGUGUUCCUUGGAACUUCCCAUAGAUGAUGACAACGUUGAGUGCUUUAAUUGUCUUUUUUCGUACAACUUGAAGAAUAGUUCGUGUUUUGCUUUUUCAUGAAAUAUCGGAAUGGGAACUGGCGAAUACUUUUAACUAAUUAGUAAAUACUAUUAACUAAUUAGCAAUGGAUUGUUUUCAGCCAUUUUUCUUCAUAGUGGGGUGCAUAAGUUUGCCAUGUC